CUCCUCCGUCAAUCCGCGGCAGUCGGUGUCUGUGCGCCCGCGAGCCAGGUGUUGCGAACAAAGACCUGUCCGCGGGGCCCUUUCGCAUAUGAAUACUGCACUCUAGCUGUGCUAGGUCUUGGCGUGGCUUGUGUGCACCGCACUCGCCAAGAUGUCAAAGUUGACGGAACCGAUGAUCAUCGCGCGGGCCAAGUCGUCCGAUCUGAACACCAUCAAAAAAUUAAACUGCUGGGGCAACGAGUUGACUGACGUGAGCCUGGUGCAGCGAAUGCCUAAUGUAGAAGUUCUGGCCCUCAGUGUGAACAACAUAAGCUCCCUGGCCGACUUCCGGUGCUGCAGCAAGCUCCGUGAGCUGUACAUGCGCAAGAAUUCCAUUUCCGAACUCAACGAAGUCUGCUACCUGCAGGACUGUGCCAAUUUGCAAAACCUCACCCUCACGGAAAACCCGUGCACCAACUUCGAAGGGUACCGCCUAGCUGUGAUCAGGGCGCUGCCAAGACUGCAGAAGUUGGACGACGUCGAGGUGACCGACGAGGAGCGCAGGAACGCUCUGAGGCAGGGCGUUGACUUGGUGCACCCUGAGGACGAGGACUGUCAGUACCAGGUGCCGAGCUACCCGUCGCAGGAGCACAACGGCUACUCGAACGGCAUCAAAUAUGAGAGUGACGAGCCGACGUGGGAAGAGUCGAUCGAGGAGGCGCCCGCGGAGCCCAACGGCCGGCAGUCGUCGCCCGAAGUAAGCAAUGAGGUGCUGGUGGCCCACAAGAUGUCGCCUGACCAGACGCCUCCAGAAAUGGAGUCUCCAGAGCCACCCCGACAGUAUCAUGAUGAGUACGCUGACCGACGAAACGCAAACUACAACAACUCGGAGCAUUCAGGAUACAGUCAGCGGCGCGACAGCACCCAAUCGUACCACUCAACUGGACAGUCGUACCAGCAGCAGCAGUCCUACCAGCCGCUGACACCAAACAGCCCUGACCCCCUUUUGACCCCUCAACGAAGGCAAAAGGAGGCGUCCCCUGAGGUCGCUCCUCCCUUCCUGCCGCCGUCACCCUCUUCUCCCCCCAACCUACCCCAAAACACUCCAAUCUCCUCAACUUGCUCGCCGUCCGAGCACUGCCCGAGGUUUCGGUCCGAUAGUGAGCCGCGAGUUUGUCCCGAGCAGCUGGCUCUGUACCCAUGCAAUCACCAAGACGAAGACUACUACUACAGAUCGCAGCAGCAGCCACGGCAGCGUUUUCAUCACCCAAGCAGCAUGCAGCAGCACCCGCCCUCUGUGCCUAUCACCGGCAACGGCAGACCCAAAUCCAGGUUGCAAGUCGCCCAUGUUGAAAUCUCCUUGCAGACCUCGAACAUCUUGUCGGCCGUGCUGUGCCUGCUGAAGGAGCUCGACUACCAGAGCCUCGAGGUGGUGGACAACACUGUGAACGCGCGCAUGAACGAACUGAUGCACGAGCACAACGCCUGAACGUGUGUGAAGUUUUGUGCUCCGUUUCAAAAUCAGCCUGUCGAGUGAGAGAGAACGAAGAAGAUGCAAACUGAACCAAGGAGAGACGGACUCGAUUUUUUUUUGUGCCCUCUCAGCCGCUCCUUUUUACAUUAAUUGUGUUUUAAGAAAUGCAUUUUUAUAACCAUAGCAGAGUUUUUUUUGUUAACUUUCGUGCACGGAGAGUAACUUGAUUAACCAAAACUUUUGAAAAGUGGCUUUUUUAAUUUGUGGAGGCCGGCCCAAAAUUCCACAAGCUUUUAUUGUUUUCAUCAACCAAGAGCAUUGUCCUCUUGAAGCUGUCAAAACUUUUAAUUGGGCUCAAUUGGUACCGCCACAUGUGCUGGCAGCCGCGCCUCCAUAAAGUUCUCGAUUGUUGAAAUUGAAACUGUCG